AGCUUCUCUCCGGGUUCAAUUUGUGUUGGUCUUCACAAUGACAUCUGUAUCUUUCGGCCAGGCUGAGGACGAAUACUACCCAGCCUGGCCACAAGGCGAAGUUACGGAUUAUUCAUUCGGACUGAUGGGUUUCUCGUCAAUUUACAAUGGAACCGAUUUAUCCUCUUCUCCACUCGGGGGCUAUUGCGAUCCAAUGGUGAUAGGGGAUAGACAAGGAGAACUCCUGGCUCCUCCUUCUACGAUAAUGACCGAUACUGCGAUCGGCGACAACAGAGAACCUCCUUGGCCGCAGCAAUACCCAAACCUAUUCGCACCGAACAACCUACUCCCGAUGGAAGUCUUCGCUGGAAGCCAGUCACAUCCUGCUAUUGUCGGGGAAACCCCGACUUUGACCACGGCGGCGUUGGACUCACAGGUACCGUCUCUUCCAAUCCAAUCUCUAUAGAGAAGGAACUUGGAUGGAUGCCUGAGUGACGAAGGUCACGAGAGUACCACCACAGCUGUGGUUGUUGGAGGACGGGUCGAUUCAGGAACAUGCGCUUCGAG